AUGUCAAUGACAGGAGAAGGCAGUUAUAGUGGAGGAGGAGUAAGCAGCCAUCUCAAGUCACAGUAUCGCAAGACUGCAGUCUUUGGCUCACGUUCAAAGUCACAAUGUCUCAUUCUCAAUGAUGGUUCAAACACUUUAAAGACAGCGCAACAAAAGCCAUACGCUAUACCAUCAAAGAAACCUGAAGAGUUUACAGCAAAGUUAAAGAAGAGGACAGCGGUUGGAGAGGCAAUGUAUAUGUCACCUGAUGGCAACUUUUAUGAUGUGAACUACGUGCCAUUGUUUAAGUAUAAGCCAGUGGAUAGACAGCUGAAUGGACAUGUGGACAUUGAGGACGACGUGGACAUGUCGCUCGAGGAGCAGAUCUCGCACCUGCACAACACCAUCCCCCAGCUCGACGAGUUUGAGAACUUCUUUGACUACGAACAGGCGUUCCUCGCGUGGCGCUUCCUCAUCGAGACGAUCUUCUCGGACAUCCGCAUGCCGUCAGUGUCGGGUCGCGCCUACUACCGCCCCAAGCUGUCUGACUAUCGUGGUGUGCGCGACAACUCCACGUUUGACUUCCGUCCGUCCGUGUCGUCCUUCUCGAACGAGGGCGACUCAGACGAGAAGAGCGAUCCACUCAACAGCGAAAUCGACGACGACAUCACAGUGCUGGCCGACUCGAUCGACCUCGUCGACAUCAAGGACCUGGAGAACAACACCGAUCCAUGGGACUCGCAUCUCUAUCCCCAGGAGCCAACACCCGACGACUUCAACUCCUACGAGGAGUACAACGAAGCCUUGUUGCGAUGGGCAUCAGUCUGUGUCCAACUGCCCUACUUCCCACCACAUGCAUCACAGCUCAAGGACUUGAUCCCCAUCCAGUCCAUCAGAGAGCAUGCCUCCAACCUCCCCGAGGAUGUUUCAGGUCUCACACCAUCCGAUCAUCUGAGUAACAAGGCUGCUGCCGAUCAAGCUGCCAAACAAAUGAUCAAGAUCAAGUCUGGUAUCAAGGAGGUUACAUUCUUUGAGAACAAGACAUUCUUAAAGACUGUUGCCAAGUCAUAUGAUAGAGUAUCACCAGAGUUUAGCAAGGAUAAACUGUUCACACCUAAUGAUGCAUCAAAGAGGAGCAUUAAUACAACGUUUGGCAAUAUGUCCAAUAAGUUGUUUGGUGGCACUCACUCAUUGUUUAGCCACAAGCAGACACAACUACUGCCUCGCAUUCACGGCACACUACCGCUGCCAAUGAUGUCAUUGGUAAAGAACUACAAGGAGCUCAAGAACAUACAUUUGCGCCGCACAGACCUGACGCCUGAGCAGCUGCGCUCGUGCCAGGACGCCCCGCCCAAGACCGAAGGCCAAUCAGUGCUGUUCAACGUGCCUGGCCACGACAUCAUCCUGGAUCACUCUAGCCUGGCCAACAGCGACUACGUGCAGCAACAUCAACAGCAGCUGCGCAUGUACAUCUCGGCCGAUAGAUACAACCACCUCUACUCUUGGUACCACCCCACAGUGUCGGCCUCGACGCAUCAGAAGCACAAGGACGACAUCGACAUGAUCAUCACGUCACAGCAGCAUAUCACCAAGGACUCGCUCACAUUCGACACGAUCGUCGAGAUACUGCACGGCAGCAUGUACUUGGACAAGUUCUCAGACCUUCUCGACACGAGCUUCAGCGAGGACUUUGACGGCGGCAAGUCGUAUGCCACGAUGAUCACCAAGUGCAUCACACCCGACAACUUUAGCAAUCUGCUGCGUCUUCUUGAGGAGAACAAGAGCACGAUGUUCCAUGCCAAGAUGUCGUUCCUCGUUAUGAACAUCUUCAGUGGUAACCAAGGCUCGCCCAUCCUCUCCCAGCUUAUCACGGCCAAGGAUGUCAAGACCCUGUCGCUGCUGGCCUACACAUUCGACUUCCUCAGUGAGUCACCAACGGACAUCUUCCCAUGGAAGGAGGAGACGUACGCGCUGGUGCGCGCCACGCUGGGCGACACUCUCGAGUCUAUCUUCAGGCUCACAUUUUGCUACUAUUACCUCACGAUCAUUGGUCGCGUGCUGGACGUGCACGUCCAUCUCUACUACUCCAAGUCCACUGUGAGCCAGUCUAAAGUGUCGAUCGCACACAACCUCGCCAACCUGCUGCAGCACAACACCUCUAGCAUCUUGGACAAGCUGUUCGUGGGCAUCAAACAUCGCAGCGUCACCGUGUCGUCAUUCUGUCUGUUCAUCCUGUUACAGCUCAUGCACAACCAGGAGGGAAUGGCCAUCCACAACUGCUUCAAGGCCGAGCCAUCCUACUUCUUCAACCGCUGCAAGAUGGUUUGCGACUCCAAACUCAAGCAUGUGCAGUUUGCCGCACGUCGUCUAUUCGCCGUGCUCAACCGUCCGCCAUGGGUCGAGUUUGUCUACAAGGAGUACACAAGGGACCCCGAGUCAUCGAUCCGCGACUUUAUCGGCAACGAGGAGCAACGACCUAGCGGUCUGCUGCUGGAGCUUGUGCUGGAGAUCUUCCAAAGUGCAAUCCGUUCGACCAUCGAGGCCACAAACGCACCCGCCGCCAACCCCAACGCAACCAUCUCUUCCGGCUCGUCAUCGGGUUCUGGCUCCUCUCUAAACCUGGCCACAUCGCCAUCUGUAGUCGGAUCACCUGGCAGCACACCAGCAUCACCAACUCCCAAGAUCCCAAUGGGCGUGCGCAACAAGUUCCUCUUUGUCCUGGACGGCAUGCUGUUCCAUCUGCUGCUACAGUACAUCACAAAGAAUGCUCGCGUGCUCAACAAUCAAACAAUGGUCAUUGCUCAGUUGUUGUCCAACUUGGGCAAGAUACACUCUCAUCUCGGUACAUUGCAGGCGACGCAGGAUGUCAAGACGUCACAGAAGCGCUGGGGUCAAUCCACACUGACCCUGUCGCCCAUCGAUAUCCGUAACCUGUCCAACCGCAUCAACGACUCACUCACGUCAGCAACCAACCCAUACUCCUAUCCAACACGUACCUACCUGCUUCGCUGUAUGCGACAUCUGUUUAAGUGCUACCCGGUCUACACGAUUGUCAAGACUGAGGAGGACUUCUACACGCGUCUGUUGGCUUACUGCCGAGAUGGUACCUAUCCCGACCUCAACCGCGAGGCCUGGAAGUUCUUGUAUCAGCUGUGUAAGAAUCACGUGGGCACACUGGAAUACCUGAGCAAGGACACCAUCAUGGGCGGCUUCAUGGAUCUGAUUGCCAUCAGCUCGCACACCACCGUCAUCACCAACGCACUGCAUUACAUCACCAAGAUGUUCAACAUUGCCACGCUGUCCGCCAAGAGUCCUCAACUGCGCUCCAAGGAGACCACCAAGCUCGUGGAGAAGGAUCUCAAGUCCCUGAUCAGUCUAUUCAUAUCCAAGUUCAUGUUUAUCAAGAUACACAUGAUUUACAAGCGAUACAUAUCGUCAUAUCCUGGUCUGGCAUUCAUUGAAUUGGCAAAGUUCUAUUACAUGAUGUACACAUCACCAAACUGUGUAAAGCUGUUGAAGGACACAAUCAAGAAGAUUGAGUAUAAGGAAGGUUUGGAGACUAUUGGAAGUAUGUUUGGCUCACAGAUGCCAAUGCUAAGUCCAACAGAAUCGCCACAGAUCAACGCUUCCAGUGGAUCAUCACUGUCCUCUCUGAAUAUCGCCCAGAAUCCAUACACCAACCCAUCGAGUGUUGGUUCGUCUUCAUCCUCCUCGUCCAAAGAGGAGAAGUCUGCCUCUACUCUCUCUGCCGCCAAGCUGUCAAUGUCAUCGUUCAAGUCCAAAUUCCUCAGCAGAGGUCCAAAGAAGGAUAGUGAUAAGAGUGAGAAGUAA